CUCGUGCCCAAUACAUGUGAACGUUCACCUGGCCGCAGGAAUUCUAGUCGCCGAAAUAUGCCGCCUAUCCCAUCUUCGAAGCAAGCUCGUGCCCAAUACAUGUGAACGUUCACCUGGCCGCAGGAAUUCUAGUCGCCGAAAUAUGCCGCCUAUCCCAUCUUCGAAGCAAGCUCGUGCCCAAUACAUGUGAACGUUCACCUGGCCGCAGGAAUUCGCAGCUCGAAAUCUUCCCCUCGAUGCAAUCAUUAGUCCUCUCCCACUCGCCCUUGAACACCGGCCAUUUCGGCCAAAUCGGAUUCAACCCCAAGAUAUUAUCAUUGAAUCUUGAUCGGCCAGCCAAUGCUGAAGGGCGCAGCUUGCGAGACACUCCAUCCUCUUACUUUAUGUCCAGCCGUCCAACAGUGGACGAUCCGCUGAAGGCUUUCAAGGCGUCCAGACAGCCAGAAUCCGCGGAGCCCCGUGCUGUAACGACAGGCAGUGUUUCCGAGCCAGGGGUCUCUCAGACUUCUGCGACUGCGGGCGUUCACUCAUCUCAGAGUAUGCUCGCUUUACGAGAGCCCGUGCUCCCUCCCCAAGAUCUGCUUAUUUUUGACAGGCAUGGAGCGCCCCAAUCAAUGGAGCCCGCGUACGUUCCAUCAACAUCAUCAUUGACAGCUUCUCCGCAUGCUGCGAUCAGGGCACUGGCGCAGAGGCCAACGCGCCGCGCUAAAGCGCAUGUGGCUUCGGCAUGUGUGAACUGUAAGAAGAAACAUUUGGGAUGCGAUUCGGCGCGACCUUGCAGAAGAUGCGUCUUGUCUGGAAAGGCAUCGACGUGCGUAGACGUCACACACAAGAAACGAGGGAGACCGCCGCUGCGAGCGGAGGAGACCUCUAUGAGACAUCACGAAACCUCAGCCGACAACACAACGGCAUCCGCUGGGUUACGACAGGCGACGACAACAUCGCCAAGGACGACAGCGACAUCAUCCCAACCAAGACGGGCGCAUAGCCACAGGGCAACUUCUUCUCGCGAAAUACGACCGAUAACGGAUUUACAAAUCCCUUAUGAAGGGUUUGGGAAUGAUUCACAGAGGUGGUCGUUUCCAUUUUCUCCCUCUCGAGCAAGGGGGCAUGCUCCGCUUUCUCCUGUAAGACACGGGGAACGGCCAUUCUCUUCAGGCGGCCUACCUCGACACAUGCCACCCGCCACUGUUAUGACCGCGGGCAGUUUAGUUCGUUCGCCUCCAAAUAUGACUCUCACUUCGCUCCCUGAUGCUGUUGUUGGACCGAGGAGACAGCCGUAUUCAUACCCCGGGCCCAUACCGAUACCCCCAAUUGCAUCUCAGUCGCAGUACGAACAUCCACCUGUGGGCGGCCCACUUUCGCCGUAUCCCGAUAGAAACAGGGCCUCGGUGCCGACGAGUUGGCCAUCGAUGAACAGAUCGACCUUGCCGCUACCGAGGGAUCGUGGUGCAAGCUAUCCCGAGUCACCAGUAAGGCUCCCACCGAUCUUGCCCGCGCUCUCUAGUACGGGUCCAGGACCAAUCCCGAAUGCGGGCUUUGUCCCCCGAUUCAGUGACCCAUAUCCGGGGCCGAGAUGGUCAUGGUCAUCGCGGGGCAGCGACAUUUUUGGGCGAGAAGACCAGAAUCAGAGUCAGGGACAUGUCCAGUCGCGACCACCAUCCCAAGUAGGGACAGUGGAAUCCGUAUCGCCUCGUACCCAGUUGUCCCAGUCACAAACGUACGACAUGAGACAUGCAUCUGGUGAUCCUCGGUCUAGACACAGUGUGGCGAUUUCCCCACUGACUGUACCGAUCGACCUAGGGCAGCGGCUCGCUGCCGUUACUGGUACGGGCUCUAGUAGCGGGGAACCAGCCAAGCCCGAGACUGAAGACAAUGAUGGGUCGAGACCCAAGAAGCGGCAAAAGAUGUCCCUGGAUGAUAUUGUGAACGAUUAGUGAGAUAUUACUGUGUACCCUAGCCAGGGAGGGCUAAUAGCUUCUCCUUUGACGGGAAUUGCCUGACACUCAUCCUGAUGGCUCUCGUUCCUUCGCGACUAUACGAGUCUCGAGAACUCCAUCGACUCCGUUUCCGGUAAUAUAAUCUCGAAUCAUUACGUCACGGUCUAUAACGGCAUGGCUCUUUUAAUUCCUGCUGUCAUUGAUUAAGAGAACUUGGGAUUGCUCUUCUUGCAUACUUCCGCGUCUGCAUAUUAUUUACUGACUGCUGCCCUCAGAAGUUCGAUACUUCUAUUGUUCUCCUGAUUAUUUCUCUGUAUCCGGUACGACAUAUUGGCAGAUUGCAUUGCAUUGGGUUCAAUGUUACUGCUUGCUCGUCUUCAAAUGAUACCCGAACGCACUCGUUCUUGGACUUUUAUCUACACAACUUUCUUUUCUUUUCUUUUUCACCGUCGUGUUUUCAUUCUCAAACGGGGAUCUUGGACUGGGCUGUGAUUAUUAUUGGGAUGGAUGGAACCAAAGUAGGCACUUUAUGAAUUUCAUUCACAUUGUAUUCUAUUUUUUUUUUUUUUUUUUUUUUUUUUUUUUUUUUCUUUUCUGAUGAUUUUAUUCCCAUCUGAUAAAUGGCCAAUUGCAUGCAUGGAGAGAAAGAGAGAGAAAAAAGUGAUAUUUGGACUAUUGUUUCCUCCCUGUUAUUAGGCGGGCUAAUUACUAUUUAAUGAGACCUAAUAAUGCUAUAGUGCGAACUUCGAAGCAAGACUUGUGCAAUAAUAGAAGUAUGCAGUGCACUACAUAACCUUCAGUCAUAUGCACUGGUCUUGGCCUGUGCUCCCUGGUCCUCUUUACCUUG